AUGCCCUCCUCACCCAUGUUGAUCUUCAUGGUCAUCUUUUUCCUGGAGUUGCUGGCUGCCAUGCUGCAGAAUGGCUUCAUAGUUACUGUGCUGAUCAGGGAGUGGGACUUCAUCAACUCUCUCACUUUCUGGCUUACUGCUUGGCUUGCUACAUUCUACUGUGUGAAGAUCUCAUUCUUCUCUCACCCCAUCUUCUUUGGGCUGAAGUGGAGGAUUUCUCGGUCAGUGCCCAGGCUGCUGCUGGGCUCCCUGAUCUUAUCUGCUCUGGUAGCCAUCCCGUUAGACACUGGGAACACAAUUCGUGUGCGGAUGGUUGCUGCCCAGAGUUCCCAUGGAAACAGCACCCUGGCUGGUAGAACACAGACUGUCUCUUUGUACUUUUUUCUACCUCAUGUAAUUAUUAUGCGGUCAAUUCCAUUUCUCCUGUCCCUGGUGUCCACUCUCGUGUUCUCGCUGCGCCGGCAUUUGGGGCAGAUGAGGGACCAUAGACCUGGCCCGAGUGACCCCAGCACCCGGGCUCACACCGUGGCCCUGAAGUCACUUGCCUUCUUCCUCACCUUCUACCAUCACGUUACCUGUGCCUGAAUAUCGUUGUUAUAAACAUCCUAACCCUCUGGAAUCACUGGCGCUGGGCCUGGGAAGUGGUGACCUGUGCAGGCAUCUGUCGGCACUCCAGCAUCUCGGUGCACAGCAGCCCCAGGCUGAGAAAGGCCCUGAUGAAGAGGCCUUGGAGAGCCCUGGGCAAGGAGCAGUUUGUCUCAUCAGUGUCAGUAACUGCUGUCACUGAACAAGCCCAUGGGUGGCAAGAAUGCACAAGGUUUGGGUGUUGUCCUCUCUGUUCAUUUCCUUCUUUCUUCCCCACUCUUUCUACAUCCCAUUAAUUCUUUUUCCACUCCUCUCUGUUUCUACCCUCCCUUCCAGUGGUCCUGGUCCCUCAUCUGGGUCCCAAACCACCUUGGACUAGAAUGGUGGCCUCAUUUCCUCACAGGCCUCCUUCACUCUCUACACAGCAGCCCUAAUAAUAUAUUCUCCAAGCAUCAUUUUGGUCUGUACUCCCUUUACAGAGACCUGUAACGGUUGUCAGUUGUUCUGUGGUCAACCUAAAGUUUUUUUUGAAUGGUGACAUAGGUUGUCUCAUACCAUCCCACACCAUCCCACACACAUCAAUUGCCCUCCUCAACCUUGCUGUGCUCUCAGAGCUCAGUCUCUCUACUUCAGCCCAGGAAAGCUUCUUUCUGUCUCCCCACAUGCUCUUCCCUGCAGCCUGUGGUCUUUUGGCCCAUCUGGAACUUCCUUCUUUCCUUUCUCUGCUGUUUUUUGCCAUUCCCUUCUUUUGUGCCCUGCUUAAGACCAGUUCCACCCAUGGAGCUUUUUCUUUUGAACAGUUGAUGUCUGAGGGCAUGUAUGAGUUUUGUGCCACUAUAGGACCUGCUCAUGGUUUUGUGUGUUCGGUAUAUGUUGAAUUAAAAGGAAUUUUAUGAUGUGGAAAUGCUUUGGCCACCAGAAGAUAGAAAAGGGAAACAAAGGAAAUUUGCUAUAGUUUUAAAUUUUGAGAAUCUUACUCUUCCUGUCCACUCAUCCAGGAGGUGGACCCUGGAUGCCGAUGUCUAGGAUGGUAGUCUCUAAAUUAGGGUGUUUGCAUCCCGGAGUGUGUGCAAAAUGAUCCAUUGGAUGUAGAAAGAAAAGCGUGACAAUUUCCAUUUAUUUUUAUCUCAUCCUUUUAAUCCCUAUUUCUGAUAUGUGUUUUAUGAUGUACAUAAUGUAUUAGUAGAGUAUUACAAGCAUAUAAUUAAAAUAAAUAAACAUGCAUACG